AUGGAUGUUAAUCGUUUUCAUUUCAUUGAAGGUGAUACUGAUUCAUCUUAUUGGGCAAUCGCUGGCGACCCAAAUCUUCCUAACACUCAAGCAUUUCAAGCAAUUGUUACCGAUAAACAAUUUUAUGAUAAAAACAUUUUCAAAUUCGCACCAUUUGAUUUCUUUUGUUUUGAUGAGAAAUUUAAACCUAAAUUAAAGAAUAAAGCUGAAGAAAAAGCACAUGAGAAGAAGUUAUUGGGUUUAGCAAUUGAGAAACAAGGUGAUAACAUGGUUGCUUUAUGCCCUAAAUGUUAUACAUCAUUCAACGGUUCAAUUGAUGGAAGUGAUUUUAAAAAGAUUGCACAAAAAAUGAAGGGUGUUAGUUUAAGACAAAAUAAGCAAUUAACACCUAAAAAAUAUUUGGAUAUAAUAAAUGAUAAAGUUAUUUUCGAUGGUCAAAAUAUUAAUUUACAACUUAAAAACGGGUCAAUGACUCGCUUAACAAUUGGUAAGACUGCAUUAACAGGAGCACACACUAAGGCUGUAUGUUGUGAAAAUGGAUGUUGUAUGCCAUUUAUUUAA